UUUGGAGGAAGCAGAAGAUGCUCCAGCAGUGCCCUGGCAGAGAUCCCUCUUUGGGGAGGUCAAGCAGGAGGGCGAUGGAGGAGCCCCUUCGCUGGGACCUGGAAGGAUGUCGAGUGGAUAUGCCGGUCCUUCCCUCAGGUGUGAUGGAGCAGACACACCCUUUGCGCAGCCAGAUCAGGCUCUGGUGACCUUUGAGGAUGUGUCUGUGGAUUUCUCAGAGGAGGAGUGGGCCCUGCUGGAUCCGGGCCAAAGGGCUCUACAUAGGGAAGUCAUGGAGGAGAAUUAUGGGAACCUGGCCUCUCUUGGGCUUGUGAUUCCCAAACCUGAGUGUGCCUCUUGGCCAGAAGAAGAGGAAGAUCUAUUUGGAGAGGUCUCCAAGGAGGAAAACAGCUUGGCAGCAGGACUCGUGGUUGCCUCUGCUGACCUCCCCUCCUGCCUCGAAGAAAGGAAAGCCCUAUUUGUGCAGGGCUCUCAGCAAGGCGUGAGAGCAGCAGCUGACGCUCCAUUUCUUCCUCAUUGGAUUUGUUUCCUUAUUUCUUCAGGUGACAGGAGGGAGCACAAGAAAGAACAACAACACAGAAGAAAAAUCAAAGUAAAGCAGAAGCAACAGAAGAAAUGUAUUUUAUUGGAUAGAGCGGAUGUCUGUGUAAUUGGCCUUAGCAGCCAUGAGAGAAUCCACACAGGGGAGAAACCAUAUAAAUGUUCUGAAUGUGGAAAGAGCUUCAGCGUCAGCAACCUGCUAGUUUUACAUAAAAGAAUCCAUACAGGAGACAAACCAUAUAAAUGCCCAGGAUGUGGAAAGUAUUUCAGGCAGAGUUCAGCCCUUGCUUCCCAUAAGAGAACCCAUACCGGAGAGAAACCAUAUAAAUGCUCAGAAUGUGGAAAGUGUUUUAAGAGGAGCUCAGCCCUUGCUUCCCAUAAUAGAAUCCAUACCGGAGAGAAACCAUAUAAAUGUUUGGAAUGUGGAAAGAGCUUCAGACUCCACAAAUCUCUAAUUUUACAUAAAAGAAUCCACACAGGAGAGAAACCAUAUAAAUGCUUUGAAUGUGGAAAGAACUUCAGCAUCCGCAAAUCUCUAAUUUUACAUAAAAGAAUCCACACUGGGGAGAAACCAUAUAAAUGUUCAGAAUGUGGAAAGUGUUUUACGCAGAGCUCAGGCCUUGCUUCCCAUAAAAGAAUCCACACUGGGGAGAAACCAUAUAAAUGUUCAGAAUGUGGAAAGAGCUUCAGACUCCGCAAAUCUCUAAUUUUACAUAAAAGAAUCCACACAGGAGAGAAACCAUAUAAAUGCUUUGAAUGUGGAAAGAACUUCAGCAUCCGCAAAUCUCUAAUUUUACAUAAAGGAAUCCACACUGGGGAGAAACCAUAUAAAUGUUCAGAAUGUGGAAAGUGUUUUAGGCAGUGCUCAGGCCUUGCUUCCCAUAAAAGAAUCCACACUGGGGAGAAACCAUAUAAAUGUUCAGAAUGUGGAAAGUGUUUUAGGCAGCACUCAGGCCUUGCUUCCCAUAAAGGAAUCCACACAGGAGAGAAACCAUAUAAAUGCUCAGAAUGUGGAAAGGCUUUCAUGUACAACUCAGGCCUUGCUUCCCAUAAAAGAAUCCACACAGGAGAGAAACCAUAUAAAUGCUCAGAAUGUGGAAAGUGUUUUAGGCAGCACUCAGGCCUUGCUUCCCAUAAAGGAAUCCAUACCGGAGAGAAACCAUAUAAAUGCUCAGAAUGUGGAAAGGCUUUCAUGUACAACUCAGGCCUUGCUUCCCAUAAAAGAAUCCACACAGGAGAGAAACCAUAUAAAUGCUCAGAAUGUGGAAAGUGUUUUAAGAGGAGCUCAGCCCUUGCUUCCCAUAAUAGAAUCCAUACCGGAGAGAAACCAUAUAAAUGUUUGGAAUGUGGAAAGAGCUUCAGACUCCGCAAAUCUCUAAUUUUACAUAAAAGAAUCCACACAGGAGAGAAACCAUAUAAAUGCUUUGAAUGUGGAAAGAACUUCAGCAUCCACAAAUCUCUAAUUUUACAUAAAAGAAUCCACACUGGGGAGAAACCAUAUAAAUGUUCAGAAUGUGGAAAGUGUUUUAGGCAGCGCUCAGGCCUUGCUUCCCAUAAAAGAAUCCACACUGGGGAGAAACCAUAUAAAUGUUCAGAAUGUGGAAAGUGUUUUAGGCAGAGCUCAGGCCUUGCUUCCCAUAAAAGAAUCCACACAGGAGAGAGACCAUAUAAAUGUCCAGAAUGUGGAAAGGCUUUCGCAAGCAGCUCAUCCCUUGCUUCCCAUAAAAGAAUCCACACAGGAGAGAAACCAUAUAAAUGCUCAGAAUGUGGAAAGUGUUUUAGGGAGAGCUCAGUUUUUGCUGUCCAUCGAAGAAUCCAUACCAGAGAGAAACCAUAUAAAUGCUCAGAAUGUGGAAAGGCUUUCAUGCACAACUCAGGCCUUGCUUCCCAUAAAAGAAUCCACACAGGAGAGAAACCAUAUAAAUGCUCAGAAUGUGGAAAGUGUUUUAGGGAGAGCUCAGUUCUUGCUGUCCAUCGAAGAAUCCAUACCGGAGAGAAACCAUAUAAAUGUUUUCAACGUGGAAAGACCUUUACAAUAAGUUCAGACCUUGCUAUCCAUCAAAUAGUCCAUACUGGGGAGAAACCAUACAAAUGUUCAGAAUGUGGAAAGUGUUUUAUGCAGAGCUCAUCCCUUGCUUACCAUAAAAGAAUCCACACAGGAGAGAAACCAUAUAAAUGUCCAGAAUGUGGAAAGGCUUUCGCAAGCAGCUCAUCCCUUGCUUCCCAUAAAAGAAUCCACACAGGAGAGAAACCAUACAAAUGUUCAGAAUGUGGAAAGUGUUUUAGGGACAGCUCAUCCCUUGCUUCCCAUAAAAGAAUCCACACAGGAGAGAAACCAUAUAAAUGUCUAGAAUGUGGAAAGUGUUUCAGGCGGACCUCAGCCCUUGCUUCCCAUAAGAGAAGCAAUCAAGCAGUCAAUACCGAUACAGUCAUGAUGAGUCACAAAUGAAGUUCUCUGGACGUGAGAACUUCAUUUGAGACACAGUAAAAAAAAUUGUUGCUAUUAUCAUAUAAUUUUUACUGUUUACAAUAUCAUUGUUUAUUGUAUUGUUUACUCUUUCCUUUUGAUGCAAUUAUAAUUGUGGUAUCAUUUUUAUUUUAUUUUUUCUGUUUAUAAAAAAUAUUUUUUAUAAAAAAAGAAUGUAUACGCUGCCUUAACAGACCUGUGAAUAUGGCCCACACAAAGUGGCUUAGUCCUUAACCGUGGCUGGCUCACAGUCAGGCUAUAAGGCCUCUGUUGGGCCCAGUAUAUUUGACUGGCUCCAAUUUACGUUUGGGGAAUGUUAGAAGAGGAGGACUUGACGCCAUCCCUUCCCUCAAGUUUCAGAGGGGGACAAACCAGAGGUACCAGAGAUAAAAAUUGAGGGGAACAAACCAGAGAUAGAAAGGUUUCUGCGUUGUUGAAGGCUUUCACGACCGGAGAACGAUGGCUGUUGUGGGUUUUCCGGGCUGUAUUGCCGUGGUCUUGGCAUUGUAGUUCCUGACGUUUCGCCAACAGCUGUGGCUGGCAUCUUCAGAGGUGUAGCACCAAAAGACAGAGAUCUCUCAGUGUCACCCUGAGGUUUCUGGUUACUGCCCUGUACUAUCCUUUGAUGUAUAGAUUGCUAAUCUCAAGACUUGUUCCUCAUGACACCUUUUUUAAAAAUAGUUUUUAUUGAAUUCAAAUACAGAAGAUAAAUAUUGUAGUUUGUCAUUUACAGAAAAUUCUAGAUUAAAAUACUGUACAAUAAAAAGUAAUAAAUUAUAACAAUUGCUUGUGUCAGAAGGCGAAUGAAUUCUAUGAUACACACCAACAUGCAUAAAAACACUUAACAUUAGUAAAGAAACAUAAAAGUAAUUUACACACAUGUAUGUAAAUAAAACUGUUUUAAGCCUG